GGGUGUUCUCCUUCCCCCCUGCUGCCCUCUGUCGCCUCUGCCGCUGCGGCCGACCUCGCUGGUUUUGAGUCGGUCGGUGCGGCGUCUGCCCCCAGCGGUAGACGCCGCUCUGGCAAGGGCAAGGGGGUCAAGGGAGCGGGUGGAGCUAGAGGAGGCAGUGGCGGAGGAGGUGGGGGUGGCGGGGGGAGUGGGGGUGGCGGUGGAGGUGGUGGCGGGAGUGGAGGUACUGGUGGAGGCGGUGGAGGCGGAGGUGGCGGCGGAGGCGGUAGCGGAGGAGGCGGGGGCGAGGGUACCGGUGGGGGUGGUGGCGGUGGAGACGAGGGCAGUGGUGGAGGCGGGAGUGGCGGUGGCGGCGGGGGUCGGAGUGGCUCGUCCCAGCGGAGCAGCUCUGGGGGUGCGUCAACGUGGUGGUGCGUUUGGUCCCUGCCCCUACGUUCUUCGCACCGGCGACCGUGCGGGGGAGAGGUGUGGAGGCACCCACACAGCCCGCCGCUGCUUUGGCCGCCUGACCGACGCCUGGCGUCAGCAGUUUCCGGAGGCCGCUGAGAUCCCCCGCUGGGGGGAGCUGUCUAGGGCUGGUGUAGCCAUUUAUGAUCUUGACUUUGAUGCUAUUCUUUCUGCUCUGUAUGCUGUGACUGGUAGUGAUGAGGAUGACUGUUACCGGUGUUUCCCGCCCGACCCGGGCAUUGGUACUGCUGCGUCAGGUACUAGUGAGGCUGCUGCUCUAGGUGCCAGUGCGUCUGUGCUCUCAGGUACUUGUGAGUCUGCCCUCUCAGGUACUGUGUCGGCUUCGGCCUCUCACACCUUCACACUUGACUCUGGAGCGUCUCGCUCCUUCUUUCGGGACCGCACUACUCUCACGCCGCUGAGUCGGCCGGUUGCGGUGUCCCUGGCUGACCCCUCUGGGGGGCCUGUCCUGUCUCGCUUCUCCACGGUACUUCCGUGUCCGGCGGCCCCCUCUGGCACCCUGUCUGGUCUCUACCUCCCCUCGUUCUCGACGAACCUGGUGAGUGGUGCUGACCUACAGGAUGCGGGUGUCCACCAGUUCACUCCUGCUCGUCAGCGGGUGACCCACUGCACGGAGGCUAGCACGGGACGCCACCUGGCUACGUUUACACGUCGGCCAGGGUCGAGCCUGUACACACUGACCACUGCUUCUCCUCCAGGUACUGAGUCUCGUAGGGUCCCUUCGUCUAGUCAGGUGUUUGCCGCAGCGUCCAGGUCUGGUCCUGAGUCUUCCCCCUGUUCGUGUCGUCGUCUGUCUCACGAGACCCUCCUCUGGCACCACCGCCUUGGCCACCCCUCUCUGCUUCAGCUCAGAGGCAUGGCCUCCCGUCUUCUUGUGUCUGGUCUCCCCCGGUCUCUACCUCCCCUUCCUCAGGGCCCUGGCCCUGCCUGUGUCCCCUGUGUCGAGGGGCGCCAGCGUGCUGCCCCUCACUCCUCCCAGUUUCCUCCGACAGAGGCCCCGCUGCAGAUGCUUCACAUGGACGUGUGGGGCCCAGCCCGCGUCCGUGGACAGGGUCAGGAGCGCUACUUCCUGCUCGUUGUUGACGACUACUCGCGUUACACCACAGUCUUCCCCUUGCGCAGCAAGGGUGAGGUUACUGAGGUGCUGAUCGACUGGAUCCGCGCAGCUCGUCUUCAGCUCAGGCAGAGCUUUGGCUCCGACUUUCCUGUGUUGCGUCUGCACUCUUACAGAGGCGGAGAGUUCUCCUCUCGCCUUCUGCGUGCCUACUGUCGGGCGCGAGGCAUCCGCCAGUCCUUCACGCUUCCGGACUCCCCGCAGCAAAAUGGGAUUGCAGAGCGCCGCAUUGGCAUGGUCAUGGACGUCGCCCGUACGUCCAUGAUGCAUGCGGCUGCCCCCCAUUUUCUGUGGCCGUUUGCGGUCAGGUACGCAGCGCAUCAGAUCAACCUCCACCCCAGGGUCUCCAGGCCGGAGACCUCCCCAGCCCUGCUGUGGACGGGGAAGGUUGGCGAUGCGUCGGCGUUCCGGGUCUGGGGAUCUCGGGCGUUUGUCCGCGACUUGUCUGCGGACAAGCUGUCCCCUCGCGCUGCUCCCUGCGUCUUCCUAGGGUUCCCCCCCGACGCCCCUGGGUGGCAGUUCUACCACCCCUCCUCUCGACGUGUUCUGUCCUCCCAGGACGUCACGUUCGACGAGUCGGUACCCUACUACCGCCUCUUCCCCUACCGCACUCCGUCCCUCCCCCCACCCCCGCUCUUCUUGGUACCAGGUCCCCCCCCGGUAGUCCCCCUCCCCCCUCAGGGUCCUGCCCCUUCAAGUGUGUCCCAGGUAGACGCGGUCGAGCCUGUCGAGGUCACUGGUGACUCUGGUGCUGCUGCGGGAGCUGAGCCUGGGGGUGCGGAGUCUGGGGGUGCUGAGCCUGGGGGUGCUGAGCCUGGGGGUGCUGAGCCUGGAGGUGCUGAGCCUGGGGGUGCUGUGCCUGGGGGUGCUGAGCCUGGAGGUGCCGAGCCUGGGGGUGCUGUGCCUGGGAGUGCUGUGCCUAGGGGUGCUGAGCCUGGGGGUGCUGAGCCUGGGGGUGCUUCGUCUCGCCGGGAGCCACUCUCCCCACAGGAGCUGCGUGAGUGGUUUGCCAGGCGCUGGAGGCGUGCUGCUGGUGCUGGUGGUUCUUCGGCUGCAGAGGGUACUGCUGCCGCGCGUCCCGGCGGUGCUCGUCCUGUGGGUGCUGGAGCUGCUGGGUCUGCGAGUUCUCCUGGAGCUGGUGCUGCUGAGGGUGUUGGCGCUGAGCCUGCCGUUGGCGGUCCGACUGACAGUGCUCCUUGUGCUGCUGCUGGAGGUUCUGAAGCUUCUGGUGGUGCUGCUGGAGGUGCUACUGGAGUGGGUGCUCCUGCCGGGGGUGCUGGUGCUGUUCCUGCUGUUUCAAGCAACGCCGCGCGGCCCCGACCAUACUUCGUUCCGCUCCUGCAGCAGGUUCUUGGUCUUCCACCUCCUCCUCCUCCCUUAGAGGGUCCGCAGCCUGUCCGGUCACAGCCACAGCUACAGCCUGCCUCCCCUUUGCCUGCUCCUUCUCCCUACGUUGGUCCGACUGGAGGUCUUACUGAGCGUCGUGAGCCUGCGUCUCGUCCUGCGUCGCCUGUUCGUACUGAGCGCGCUAGUGGUCGCGGGUCGCGUCAGCGUCCUCCUCCUGUCCCUGGCACGCACCGGAUGUCACUGCGUCCGUCCACUGCUCCUCUGCGUGCCCCUUUGCCUUCUCCUCCUGCUUCCUCUCUUCCUGCUCUUGCCGACCCGGAGUCGGACUCUCUUCGUGCUGCCAGUCCUACUGUCACGCGUCUCCUUGCUACUGCUGUCACUGACCCUUCCUUCGAGUCGUCUGCUGCGUCUGCCCUUGUCACUGAGCUUGUCGACUUUGCUGCGCGCUGUCGUCUAGACUACGCUGCCAGUCUUAUCGCUACGUCUGAGUCUGCCUGUCCUCCGUCCGUCGGGGGUGAGUGUGCCCUCGGCACGGACGUCCUUGAGGACAGGCAGGAGGAGUUCCAGUGUCUGGCCGCCGCUUCACCCCAUCUCGCGUCUGUACUGCUAGCCCCUGAGGGAGACCCGGAUGCACCAGACAUCCCGACUCCGCGCUCUUACGCGGAGGCGAUAGAGGGUCCCUACUCCUCUCAGUGGCAGGCAGCUAUGGAUGCAGAGAUGGCUUCCUGGAAGUCCACAGGCACCUACGUCGACGCUGUCCCCCCUCCUGGGGCGAACAUCGUCAGUGGCAUGUGGAUUUUCAGGGUGAAGCGGCCGCCGGGUUCUCCGCCUGUCUUCAAGGCGCGCGCCACGUGA